AUGGCGACCUCUACUUCAGACCCAUUCCCGCUGGCUACGGAUGAAACUUAUAGCGAAGGCGACAGUGGACCGGGCUCGAUUAGUUCCGGCGGCAGCAUCGAUGAUGCCGCGGGGGCAUCAGGAAGUAGCCCCGGCGCCAUUCAGAUUUCCCACGGUGCGAUAGUCGCAAUAAUAGUUGUCGUUGCCGUCGUUUGCGUCCUUGGCAUAUCUAUGGCCGUACUGUUUUACCUGGCCAAGAAGAGGGAAUGGAAGGUUAGAGAGAGCAUUCGGCGUUCGGCAAGGAAGGUAGUUACCGCUCUCACUCCCCGGCGAUCGGAAUUCCCAAGGUCGGUUAAGGAGUCUUCGGGUAACUCAUCACGAGGUCGUGUUCGUUUGGAUGAUGUACCACCAACACCUAGGUUAAGACCUGAGGAUAUCGAGAAGGGCCUUGCCCGGUCCACCACCCGCGAGAGCUCGGAGAAGAAAAAUAAGAAGUGGUCGAGGAAGUAA